CGGGGCGGGGCGGCGCAUGCGCGGGGCGAGAGGCCAUCCUGGAUCAUCUCCUCCUCCUCACGCCGGCGUGACCUCGGAAAGCUGCUGGCUCUUCAGAGGGAGAUGGAUUUCGAGAAUCUGUUUUCCAAGCCCCCCAACCCCGCCCUCGGCAAAACAGCAGCCGCGGACUCUGACGAAAGAAUCGAUGAUGAAAUAGAUGAUACAGAAGUUGAAGAAACACAAGAAGAGAAAAUAAAAUGGGAAGUAAAACUGGAGUGUGAGCACAUUCCCAAAAAAUGUAGGCACUUCAGAAAUUCUACAUCAUCAAAGAAUUUGCCACAUAGAAAAUCAAGAAGUAAGGACUAUGAUGUAUAUAGUGAUAAUGAUGUCUGCAAUCAGGAACCAGAAGAUAAUUUUGCUAAAGAGCUUCAACAGUAUAUGCAAGCUAAGGAAAUGGCAAAUGCUGCUCAAUCCUUACCAUUUCCUGAAGAAUCUAUGAAAAAAGAGGGAGUGAAGGAUACCCAGAAAGCUGUUAAACGAAAAAAAAAAAAUCUUAAAGCUGUUCAUAAGAAUGGUAAACAGAAGAAAAUGAAAAGAAAAUGGCCUGGCACUGGAGACAAAGGAUCAAAUGCUUCACUAAAGCACAGUGGCUCACAGAAACAGGAUGGUAAACCUAAAGAGAAGCAGCAUGUGAGAAUGAGUCAGGGAUUCAUCAACCAACACACAGUGGAACGCAACGGAAAGCAAAUUUGUAAAUAUUUUCUCGAAAGAAAAUGUAUUAAGGGAGACCAGUGUAAAUUUGAUCAUGAUGCAGAGAUAGAGAAGAAAAAGGAAAUGUGUAAAUUUUAUGUACAAGGAUAUUGUACCAGAGGUGAAAACUGUCUGUAUUUGCAUAAUGAAUAUCCUUGCAAGUUUUAUCAUACAGGAGCAAAAUGUUACCAGGGAGAAUAUUGCAAAUUUUCACAUGCUCCACUGACUGCUGAAACACAAGAACUCUUGGCUAAAGUUUUGGAUACUGAAAAAAAGUCAUCAUGAAAAUAAAAAGGUCCCAGAGAACCACUAGUAUUCUUUCAGUAAGGAUAGAUUUGUUUUACCAGUUCUAAAAUUUCGUGUAAGUAGAACCCCAUCCUGUGUACUCUUGUGCUUUGUGUUGUUGUGCAGUGCAGUAUUUUGUUUCAAGUUUCAUGAUUUUGCAUCUGUCAGUAGUGUGUUUCUUUUUAUUGCUGUGUUGUAUGCCUUUCCAUGGAUGUCCUUCAGUUUGUUUUUCUACUCAUCAGUUGAUGGAGAUUUGGCUAUUAUGAAUAAAGCUUCAGUGCACAUUUAUACUCAAGUCUUUGUGGCAGUACAAUUUUAAAUAAAAGGGAUUGUGCAGUUUCAUCCUAGAUUGUAAAGGGACUGCUAUUAAUAUUUACCCACUGACUACAAUGUGUGCUGUAAUUUUCUGGUAGAUACUCUUUAUUAGGUUAAGUAAAUACUCUUCAAAUUGUAGUUUGACAAAAGUUAUUGAGCUUUUUGUUAUGUUUUAUAAUCAUGAUGAAUAGAUGUAGAUAUUGGAUUUUUUGGAGUUCUUUUGAGAUAAUCAUAGGAUUUUUCUAUUUACUCUGCUAAUGUGACAAUUAUAUCUGUGGGUUUUUUUUUAUCUAUGGAUUUUAAAAAUGUUAAGCUACCCUUGAGUCCUUGUGAUAAACUAUGUUUUCUAAUUUAAAUUAAGAAUUUUUUCAAGUAUUAUGGCAUAAUGUUCAUGAUAUUCUCUUAAUGUCUGUAGUUAUAUCUUCCUUUUCAUUUCUUAUAAUUAUUUGUGUCUUCUAUUCCUGAUCAAUGGUUUGACAGUUCUAUAAAGAACUGUCUUUAUAAAGAACCAGUUUUGCUUUUGUUAUUUCUAUUUUAUAUUGAUUUUCCAUUUCAUUAAUUUCUGUUAUUAUAUCAUUCCCCUUACAUUCUUGGGUUCAUUUUGCCCAAAGAUUGGAUGUUAGCUUUUUUCUUUUCUAAUUCAUACAUCAACGCCUAUAAAUUCCCUUAAGGUACUAUUUUACUUGCAUCCCAGAAGUUUAUUUCUUUCAUUAAGUAUUUUUAAUCAAGGUAAUAUAUGCAGAUAGUUUUAAAACUCACAUGGUUUUACAAGGAUUACCAUGGGAAAAAAAUGACCAAAAAAAAAAAAACAUUCAUUUCAUGAUUAUGUCUGUAAAUACUGACAAGGCUUCCUAUAAAAUUCAGCACUCAUUCCUUAUUUAAAAAUAAACUCUACAGGCAAUAGGAAUGGAUGAACACUUUUUCUUUUGUUAUUAACUGUGGUAAAAUACAAGUAGCGUAAUAUUUACCAUCUUAACCAUUUUAAGUGUAUGACUCAGUGGUAUUAAGUACAUUCACAUUGUUGUGCAACCAUCCCUACCAUCCAUCUCCAUAACUCUUCAUCUUGUAAAACUGAAACUCUAUACCCAAUAAAUAAUAACUGCUUAUUCUCCCCUAAGCCCUUGGCAACCACUUGUUGUCUUUGAUUUCAACAACUGUAGGUACCUCAUGUAAGUGGAAUCAUAUAGUAUUUGUUUUUUUGUGACUGGCAUAUUUCAGUUAACAUAAUGUUUUCAAGGUUGAUCUAUUUUGUAGCAUACAUCAGAAUGUCCUUUUUAAGGUACAGUAAUAUUACAUUGUAUGUAUCUACCACAUUUUGUUUAUUCAUUCAUCUGUUGAUGGUUACUUGGGUUGCUUACAUGUUUCAACUCUUGUGAAUAAUGCUACUAUAAACAUGAUGUACAAAUAUCUUUUAUAAGCCCUGUUUUCAAUUCUGGGUAUAUACCUGAAGUGGAAUUUCUGGAUCAUGUGGUAAUUCUACGUUUAAUUUUUUGUGGAACCAGUGUUGUUUUUCCAUAGCAACUGCACCAUUUUGCAUUCCUACCAACAGUGCACAGGGUUCCAAUUUCUCAAGAUUCUAACCAAUUUUUAUUUUCUGGUUUUUUAUAGUAGCCAUCCUAAUGGGUGUGAAGUGGUAUGUCAUUGUAGUUUCAGUUUGCGUUUCCCUAAUGAUUAGUGAUGUUAGCAUCAUUUCAUGUGCUUAUUGGCUAUUUGUAUAUCAUUUUUGGAGAAAUUUAAAGGGCUUUUCAAGCGCUUUACCCAUUUUUGAAUUGAGUUACUAUUUUUUUUUUUUUUGAGAUUUAGAAGUUCUCUAUAUAUUCUGGAUAAUAAUCACUUAUGAACAUAUGAUUUGCAAAUAUUUUCUCCCAUUCUGUAGAUUGCCUUUUCCCUCUGUUGAUAAUGUCCUUUGAUGCACAAGAUUUAAAACUUUUUCAUGAGUCCAAUUUUCUUUUGCUACCUGUGCCUUUGGUGUCAUAUUCAAGAUAUCAUUGCUGAAUCCAAUGUUAUAAAACUUUUAUCCUAUAUUUUCUCCUAAGAGUUUUAUCAUUUUAGUUCUUUAGGUCUUUGAUUCAUUUUUUUUGAGUUAAUUUUUAUAUAUGGUGUUAGGUAAGGUCCAGCUUCAUUUUUCGCAUGUGAAUAUCUAGUUUUCCCAGCACCGGUUGUUUAAAAAGACUGUCAUUUCUCCCAUUGAAUGGCUUUGGUACCCUUGUCAAAAAUCAUUUGGCCAUAUAUUCAAAGGUUUAUUUCUGGGCUUUGUGUUGUGUUCCUUUGGCUUAUAUGUCAUAUCAGUACCACACUGUUUUAAUUAUUGUUUUGAAAUAAAAAAGUGUGAGCCCCAAGCCUUGUUCUUUUUCAAGACUGUUUUGGCUAUUUGGAACCCCUUGAGAGUCUAUGUGAAUUUUAGGAUGGAUUUUUUUAUUUCUACAAAAAAUACUGUGAUUUUGAUAGGGAUUGCAUUGAAACUGUAGAUUGCUUUGGGUAGUACUGACAACAGUAUUGUCUUCCUAUCCAUGAACAUGGGGUGUCUUUCCAUUUAUUUAUGUCUUCUUUAACAUCUUUCAGCAAUGUAUUAUACUUUUCUUUAUGCAAGUCUUUCACCUUAUUGGUUAAUUCCUAAGACUUUUAUUCUUUCUGUGGUUUAGUAAAUGUAACUGUUUUCUCAAUUUCCUUUCGAUUGUUGUUAGUAUAUACAAAUGCAACUGAUUUUUGUGUAACAACUUUGUAUCCUACUGCUUUGCUGCAUUUAUUUUUUAGUUCUAACAGUUUUUUUGUGAAAUCUGUAGUUUUCUACAUAUGAGGUCAUUGGGUGGAUGUUUUCUUAACAUGAUAAAAUGUUAUACCUUAAUAAGAAAGCUAACAUCAUACUUAAUAGGGAUACAGUAGAGGCAUUUCCACUCAAAGAGUUUGUAUUCCAUGGGACUGUCUAGUUUCUAGAAGUUAAAUGGAAUUCCCCUCUGAAAACAUCUGUAUCUGGUACCAGUUUCCUUUAAAAUGUCCUUGAUGAAGCAGUAGAAAUUAUUAAUGUUAUUAAAUCUCAAUUCCUCAGUACAUGUCUCUUAAGCAUUAUGUUUAGCAAAAUGGAAAGACGUGUAAUAGAUUUCUACAUAUUGAAGUGUACUUGUUUCCAAGGAAAUCACUUGUGCUGUUAUCUUAGUUGCAAGCUGAAUUGCCUUCAUUUUUUCAUGAAUACUCUUUUACGUGAGAGAACAGCUGAGAAGCAAACUGGUUUUAUUCUAUGUGGGUGUUUGGCUGGCAGGCACUUUUUCACAAAUCAGUGAAGUGAGCCUGUCACUUCAGGGAAAACAACUGAAAAUAUUUGUUAUCAAUGAUAAAAUGCUGGCUUUUGAGUGAAAAUUAAAAUUUUGAAACAUGUGAUCUGCCUCUGAGCUUGAAACCUUUCUUGUGCCUAAAGACUUUUUGGUGAGAUUGGUUGAUGAUACUAAAGAAUAUGAUUUUUAAAAUACUGUAUAAUGAAACAUUUGAAAGAACUAGAUAAGUUAGUAAGCUAAUGUUUUCCAAGUAAAGUGUAUGAUGUUACAUAAUUAUGCAUGGGUAAAAAACAUCCAUCCAACCUACAAUAUAGUAGAAAAGUGGGUUUUACUAUAACAGUAGAAAAAGUUCCUUGAUGUGGUUUCAGAUUCUGCAUUGCAACUAGAAAUUUGUUUGCAUUUGCUUUUAAUAUUCAUUUGCCCAUCACUUUAUUUUUAGCUUUUCUGAGUAAGUUUUCAGUUUGUUUCUUAUAUGGAGCAUAUGAUUGGUUUUUCUCUGUAAACCAUACUAAAGUUCCUUUUUUCUUUUGAUAAGUGAGUUAAGCCCACUAACAUUUAUUGAAAUGACUGAGCAUUUGGUAUAGCUUCUAUCAUUAUGUUACAGUUACUGUGUCUAUUAUGUUAUAGUUGUGUGUUUUCCCUAUAGUUUUUUUGCUCUUUAAUAAAUUUUACUAUCUUUACCUCAAUUUUAUUCUUUUCCCACUUUUAUCCAAUAAUCCUUACUAAAUUUCCAUUCAAAUCUGUCCUGUCUUGCAAUAUACUUUUCUUUUUUGAUAGUAUAUUUUUUCCCCCAUCAUUUCUGAGGUCAGUCAACUCUCGUUUCAUUACUUCCAUUUUUUGUUCAAUUUUGGUCUUAAUUUUUAAUUUCAAUUCAUUUUUUCAUAUUCCUAAUAAACAGGUUUUUAAUUCAGUUUGGAUUUUUUUUUUAUAGUUUUUUUCUGCUGCAUGUUACUUUUGUGAGAGAGGAAUGGGGGUGGCUAAGUUGUUAAUUUUCACCAGUUGAUGUGUUUUUGUCUGUUUUCUUCCAUAGUUUUGUGUUGGUGAAGAAUGCUGUGUCUGUGCCUGUUCAAGACUGUUAAUUUGGAGUGGUUUACAAGUUCCUCAUUUAAAGUGCCCUCUUGUGUCCUAAGGAUGAUGUGCAAAUCCUUUAAUGGAUGGUGCUGGGGGACAGAAUCUAGUGUAUAACUGAAGGGGUUGAUCUUCAAGCGAGAUGGUCCAGCCAUUGCAGUGGGAGAGAAGCACAUGUUGCAGAGAUGCUGGCUGGCAGGUAAACGUGAUGAAUUGCAGAAGUCUUUUUUGAUGAGUUCUCUCUAUAAAAUUGGAAGCAGAGUUAGGCUGAGAGGAUGGAUGAAGAGGUGAGGAGAUUUGAAGAGAGACAAUUGUUAGAUUUCUCUAGGAAGAUUUUGGGAUAAUAGAUGAUGAAUAUACAGUUACAUCUUUUCAUGCCAUUAAAUACAUUCAGAACAUAUUUUUAACAGUUGCUCACAAUUUUAUUUUGUGGCUGAAAUGAUGGUUCUGUGAUUUCUAGCCAGUUUCCUGUUGUUGGACAUUUAAAUUGUUUCUAAUUUCUUACUAUUAUAAAUAAAAUGGAAUAAUGUCUCUUGCUAUACCACUCCUAAA